CAUUUAGUUACGCUCCUGCAGCCAGACGACAUUUUCGGAGGCUAAACGAUUGGUCCGCCGUUUCUCUGCGCAAAAGCGAUCGUUUAUUGUGUCGCGAGAAAACUAUCUGUUCAGGUUUACGUCAGUUUUCUUGUAACAUCUUUCCGAUAUGACGAAGCAAGAGUAAUUCCCAUGAAAUAAUAGUGAAAUUAAGCCAACCAUUUCAGUGUCAAAGCUGAUUAAUUGUACCAGUCACAUUUGGACAGAGUGCUGUGAAGUUUCGGGUGGGCUACUUUUUUUCAAUUGGACACAUUUCGCAUUAUGUUCGAAAUGAAUCCCAAUAACGAAAAUUUUUGGCGGCCGAUAAAUGAAAUAUUUCUGUGAAAAACCGUACCGAGGGUUUUGUGUUGUUAUGUGAAAGUGCACAGGCAGAAGUACCAUAAUGCGAUCGAUAAUUCACUGACGAUUUUAGAAUACGCUUCAAUGAUCCGAUCGGAGUAUUUGUGGCUCCACGAGACGUUUUUAUUUGUCAGUGAAAUGUUUCGAAAGUGUUUGUAGUGUCUUCCGAAGCCCAUGUACAAACGGAACAGUGAUACAAACCAAGUAUAUACUUUUCAGUGUGUGCGCGUGCAAUGCCAGAAACAUGGUUACUGUUUUGUACAAAUAUGUUUUCGCGUCUUCCGUCCGUUCACGGUUGGAGCAACGCCACUAGUAAAUUGCAUUUAGUGUAAAAGAAAAAAAAAUUAAAUUUUACGUAGAAACAUACGUGAGAAAAAUGUGCAUUUUAAUAUCGACAGCGGCCAUUUUGAAUUUAUGAGUGGUGCGAACUACGCUGAUUAUCAAACUCACUUUAUAUCACCAAAAUUGGACUUUCUUCAACAUCUUCCUAAGAAUUAUCAAAACCUGUGACAUGAAUUUGAAAUGUCAGCCGAAGGCAUUUACAGCUUCUCAUUGUUGAAUUAACAUCUUGUCGAGUGCUACCUAAAACAUUCCAAUUCAUUUUUGUUAUACGAUUUAAUGUGAUUCGUUGUUACAUGUAUUUUCGAUAUGAAUUGAGUUAACUAAAGCUUUUAUCAUUAAAAAGAAGUAAUUGUAAUAGAUUAUUUAUUUGAUUUAAAAAGAAAUAUAUUAAAAUUAUGUAGCUCCAAUAUUUCCUUAUUCAUAAAAAACAAUAAACAAUGUUGUAUUGAGAACGUGUCGAUAGUAAGACAAGGUAAUAGACAAAAUUGUGGUGCUUCAUGAUUUGAAAUUUCUCUUCUAACAAAAAUUUGCACUAGCACGAUAAAUGGAUUUCAUUCUAUGAGAUAUUCGAUGUAACAUGUGUUUCAAUUCGAUGAAACACGGAACAUGUUUUAUCGGUAGUUGUGGUCGAAGCGGUAGCUGACAAGUCAAUCUGAAAUAACCUCAACAACGAAGGAUUAUUAAUAUCAAUAACGAAAAUGAAUCGGACGUUCGAAUUUCAUAUGUUAUAAUGAAAGAUUAUAAUUUAAUUCACUGUAUACUACACCAAUUGGAAGAAAGAUAUCAUGGAAGUAUGAUGGUUAAUCUGAUUGAACGACAGUCACGACACUAGAUGGUGGACGGUGCCAUUUUUGUCACCUUUGCAUCGCGCAUGGUACGCGCGUAAAGACGGAAAGAUUUUCAACUGAACCCUUAUAAUUAUCAUAAAAAUAAUUAUUGCUGUCUGAGUGUAUGGUUCUUCGAGUUAAAUCGAACAUUAUUAGUUUAUGAUCGGUCGAGUCGAUCAAUUUUGAACUGAUGUGACAUUUUGUACAGCGAAAAAUGUUUUUGUCUAUUCGAACGUGAUAAUUGUGAUGGUUUAAUAAAUGAAAAACAAGAUCAAAAAACUUCACGUGGUACGAUAUGCGUGAAUUUCAUGCCAUUUUCCGUGAUUGAUUCGGUCCACAUCGUUAGACCUUGAAAAUACCAAAGAGCAGGAAUGAAAAUGCUAUGAGUACAGCGGACACAGCACUGUCAAUUUCGAUCAAAAUGGCCUCAGGGCCGGAACAUCGUCAGGAACCGGUAGCACCCGAUAAAACUGCUGAAAACAGUCGUAGUGAAAUCUCUAAUGAAAGAGAUGUUGAAAAUUUAGUGGUAGGUGUUGAGACUAUCGGUAACCAGAGUUUAAGUGCAGAAAGUGCUUCGACAAAUACUGAUACCAAUUCAGAUCCUACAAGUCAAAGUACAUCAACUUCUGCUACCUCCGAUAACAAGCAGUUUCAGGAAGAACCAGCUACUUUAUCCACAUUAAACGAAGGUGAAUUGCGUGCUCUAUUAGAUGAAGCUAUAACUUAUAAGUGUCCCAAAGAUCGUGAAGGAAAAUCAAGUCUUUUUAAAGAAUUACUGCAAGAAGCGGAAGCUGACGAGACUGAAGAAGGUCGUAGGAUAAUAACAAAUUCACGGUGUUUACCUGGGUCAAAUCGUAGAAGGCAUAAACGAGAUUCUGUAUCUGAAAGGCUUACACACGGAGGAUCAUUACAGAAUUUGGCUCAACCUAUUGCUUCAGAAUUUGAUAGUAGUUUUGCUUACUUGACAUCUGGUUCUAGCCAUACUUACGGAGGAAGUAGAAGGAAAAAUAAAAAAUAUACAGGCUCCAGUGUAUCUGCUAGGCAAAGAGAAGGUGGUUCGUUACCUUCAAAUGUAAAUGCAUCACACAGUUUGGCUUCAUUGGCUAAUUUAGACUUACUAUUCGAUAAAAAGAAGGGCUUCUGCGAGGAAAAGACAGUAUAUGACUGGACCAAUAAGGAAAAAUCCAAAUCCCUAGACAAACCAUCAUAUACAAGUACAAAGAAGGAAGAAAAAGAAAAAGAUAAAAAGGAUACAAAGAAAGAUUUGUGUGAAUCUGAGCUUGACGCACGUGAGAAGAGAGGCAAUAAAGGAAAACAGGGGACAAAUGAAAUGCUUGAAUCAGAUAAUCCACCACCAGAAUAUAAGUCAGAUUACAUGGUGAUCGACUUAGGUGAUGCUGAGGUGGGUACUAUUAGCGAAAGAAAUGUGGGAUCUACAAUAAGUGGGGUUCAGAGACCUCACUCUUUAGAUACAGAAGAUGAUGAUGGAAUUGAAAUGAAAAUCAUUGAACCACGUAGACCUCAAUAUAUAUCUCGUACUACUUUUGAUAUAGCUCAGACUCCUGUAGAUACUACUAUAGAUUUUUCUCUCCGAGAACACGGUGGGAAACAAGAUAAAUCAAAAAUAUCUGUUAAUGGUACAGAAAUAACUGGAUCCCUCUCGUUUCAAACUUUUAAUACUGUGAAAUGUGGUAUUGGUGGAACCUCGAAUAGUUCUACUGCUAGUCAGGGUAAAGCAGUUCCGAAUAACGGAGAACGAAAAAAACCUCGAAGAAAUCAUACGCGAGAACUCAAUGUUAUUGUAUAUAACGCUGAAAAUGUUGAAGGUCAUCGAAAUGAUGAAGACAUUGAUACCCUAAUUAACUUUAUUGAAAACAAAGAAUCAAAAAGUAAAAAAGGCAAACCAGGUAAUCCGGUAAGAGUAAAAACUAGCUCUGGAGCAAAACCAAGGAGUAGAGAAAAAGAUACUAAAAGAGAACAGUUGCCUGCUAAGCUACAGAAAUCCAAUUCUCUGGAAGAAAUAUCCAAAACGAAACUUGAAGAUCUUACAACAGAAAAAAGUGUCAGUUCCAGUGGUGCCAGUAGUCUAUCAAGUCAACAAGGUACAAUUAAUGUCACUUUACGUCGUGCGAAACAAAGAAGCACAGGAGACGCUGCUAUCGAUAGUCGAGGUGAUAGACGAUCCUGGGGAACGGAAGAAGGUCAGUCUAUAUAUUGCAAUGAUACUGGAGAUUAUUAUGGUAGUCGUCGAAACUCCAAUAAAAAAAUCAAUCCAGAGCCCGAACACGAAACAGAAUUUCUGGUUGUUACGAAAAAGAAGAAGAGUAAAAAGCAGAGGAGAAGUUCCAGUGGUAGUAGAGCACAAAAUUUGGCGACAACCGGAUCGUAUCUUCAGAACUCCAGAGGAUUUUCUAAUGAAUACAGAACGCCUCUUUCUCCUGAACUUAGAAGAAAAUCGGCAAGUAGUAUGCCGCCAAGCGACAAAUCGGACAGUAGUGAUUCAGACUCUGUCCAUUCAUUGCCAGUCACAUCAAAUACGUCCAAACAUAACUUAUCGAAAGUAGCUACCUCAUCAGGCGGUACGCCGCAGGCAAGUUACGCAGACAUAGCUCGUAUGGCCACUAUUAAUAUGACACACAGUUCGGUAUUAAAUAUAUCUACAAUUGUCCCGAGCAUGUUGAAUACAUCUUCGUGGCCUACCGUACCACCCAAGACGCCCUCAGAACCAGACAAAAUUCCACAAGAUUAUUAUCCUAGUUUAGACGAAUUGCAACACUCCGAUAGAAAAACGAAACAACAUAAUUUCGCUCAUACAAAUCAUAUUUUGAAUCUUAGUUUUGAUAAACCACCAUCACCGACUUUGUCAUCAAAGGUGAAGAGUACAACGGAUAGGAAAAAGGCUGAAGCUCAGGAAGAAGCUAUUAACAAAAAUAUUCAAGUUAUUAAAUAUGUCCAAGAUAUCGAGAAAAUGCAUCAGAAUUUAACACAACAAGAACAGAAGCAUGCAUCUUCUGUUAAUCAUGGCACAAAUUCGAACGAGAUUUCAAUAAGUAAUCCACAGCAACCAAAGCUUAAUAAUAAUAUGGUCACGAAUUGUAAUUUAGAUACCGACAACAAUAAUUCAAAUUGUAACAUAGUUAACAACAAAGAUCCAGUUAUGAAUGCAAAGUGUAAUAAUUCUCGAUCGCGUCGAGGAUAUUCUCAAAAUAUUCAGAACAUUCAGAAUCAAGCACAUGACGAUCAGCAUUUAAAAAAUACUACAUAUGCACACCACGAUGAGAAUACAAAGAAAUCACAUAAUAUUGAAAGUUCUGGUGCGCAUUUUGAGAAUAAAAGUAAUUCAGGAACGGGUUCGUUCGACGAUAGUGAAAUGGUGAAAGCAAACACACAAAAUAAUCCAAAAUCCCCUCAAGAAGGACAAAUUACUGAUUCGGAUGCUAUUAAAUUGACUAAAAACGAGAAGUUAACAAAAGCUGCCAAAGAACAGAAUGUUAAUAAUAUUAAACACGAACCGAUUAAGUCAGGAAAUCCGCAUUCUUUGAAUUUGAAACAAGAUCAACAAGAAGAUAUUGAAUACAAGAGAAACAAACAACAGAAUACAGCUUGGGAUAGAGAUCAAUCUUUGAAGACAGAGUCGCAAACAUCUAAUAAACAAAGAACAUCAAGACCGGCUGUUAUAUUGUUAGAUGAAACUUCAUCCGAUGUCACUAAAAAUAGCGACCUGCCAACGGAACUUAGAUUUGGUUUCGAAAUAAAUGAACAACUUUUAUUGUCGGAAGAUUCUACCAUAGACGAUACUUCAACUGCCAGUUCAGUUUUUCCGUCUGUUGUUCCACCACUCGUAAACAAACCACCAUCUAAUUUCGAUAGAUAUCCACCAAUAUUUGAAAGGCAUAUGAAAUGUGAUAAGUUUACGCCUAAUUUCAUGCAACCACCAAAUACUCAUAUGACACAACAACCUAUGCACCCAGUUAUAAUGCAACGGUUACCGUGCAUGGGUUAUCCUCCAAGAUUUCCACCGCCUACUUGUCUACCACCACCCCCUACACCUCCUCCAGGUAUAAUGGAAAAAUAUCAUCAACCUAAAGAAGAUUUUUCUAUGCUUUACGUAGCACCAGAAGAAGAUGUUAAUAUACAGACAUACAAUCACGAUAAAAUCGUCUCAUUUGUUGGCUUAGCUUGGGAUGCUGUUAUGAGGGAAAUGCCAGUAACUGCAAGUGGUCGUAUUCAAUUCUACAGUGGUCAGUGAAAUGGGCACUAAGAAUACGAGGUGAACAAUAUAAUAACAUUUUUAUAUUGCAAGAUCGCAUCUAUUGCAUCGUUGCCUAUUAAAACAUAUAGACAGCCAGAGGAGUCUGUUUAUCGAUGUAAAACCGAAUGUGUAUGUAAAUGCAGGAAAAAUGAUCGAACAUUUAUAUAAGAAUAUUAUACAAAUUUUUGGUAUCGAUCAAACUAAAACAAGCUGUGCUAAUUCAAGUCAAAUCAUCAGUGAUAAUUCUGUAAAGCCAAUCGGUGCAAAAUGUGCCUCGAAAAAUAAUGUACAUAAUAGUCAAUCACCACAAAAAGGCAGUGCUUAUAAAUUGUAUGUUCCACUGCUGUAUAUACAUUGAAGUUACAAAAUACCUUGGAAAAGGUUGUAACAACAUCAAAGUUUCAGUAUUGACAUCUAUGAUAUUUCAUUGAAAAUUUUCGAUUAAAUAGCGCACGAAAUAUAUUUCGCUCUGCGGAAAAAUAAAAACAUAUUUCUUUGUAAAAAAAAUGUGAAGAUCGUACACAUGCAGAAUGCUUCGUAUAAACAUUGGAAAGUGUGUGUUCAAGCUGAAACGUAGACGUAUGAUUUUGAAAAGAAAAAAAAUACAGAUACUAUUAUAAGAAAGUUGAAAUUAAACUAAAACGAGAUUGCCGUGAUGCAGAUUUUUCACGAACUGCAUGUGUUGUGACAGUGGUUUAUGCUGAUGCCUUUAAAAUAACAGAUACACCUUAGAGACCAUUGUAAUAAAGUCUAUGAAUAGUUGAAAGGAGCCUGUUACGUUAACUAUGCCAAAUUGAGAUCAUCCAUCAAAAAAUAUUGCUGUAUCACUAACAGUCAUGAAGAGCCGUAAAUUGAGAUGAUCUUAAAUAAUACCUUAAAAUGGGGAUUGUUGUAUCAGUCAGUGAGUCUUCAUUGAAUCUUUAGGAAGAUUGAAAUGGAAAUAAUGGUUGCUAGAUUAAACCUACUAUAUUUGAGACAGCUUAAAAAAAAAGUGAAGAAAUCUAUAAAGAUGUGUGAAGUGUAACAAAAAUGGUGUGUGUAAGUGUGACAUUAAACACGUGUAAAAUAUUAAAAAUAGUUUGAUUGACUUAUAACUUUAUGGAGUGGUUACUUCUUCCAGCUGCAACAGAUAAUAGAUUAAGAAAUUUAAAAAGAAAAAAAAUGAAAAAAUCAUAAACUGAUUUUUGCAAAUGUUGCGCUCAAGGUAAAAAAACUGGAUGGAGACAGUGAGAAAGGGGCGCGAAUGUGUCAAAAACGCUAAAUUUUUACACAAACUCGCUUAUUUAAUGAAUAAUUAAUUAUUAAUUAUUGGUAAUGAUAAUUAUAAUAAAAUACUUGCUUGUGAUCAUAAAAAAGUAUGACGGUGUGAAUGCGUGUAGCUCAUGUAGAUACUUUUCUACUAGCUGAUGUUCAAUUUGGUUCUAAACUUCUGUUUAAAAUUCUUAGAAUCUUUAAUGGAAUUGUGUUGUUCCUUAAAUUGAAUAACUCGUACACUUUUGUGGUUGAUAUUUCAUCUAUGAUAAAAGCAAGCUUAAAGGUAUAGUUAAUCAAAAGAAUGAAUUUAACAUAAUUCUUUUCAAAAUGAUUCUAUUUGUUAACAUAGAAAGUCUACCUCCAACAUAUUUUAUUUUUCAAUAGGCAAACAGAAUGAUGAAACAAAGAUAAAUUUACAUUGUAGCUUAAAAUUUGAACAUCUUCAGAAAGGAACACAUGAGAAAGUGCAUGGAAACUUGUCAUUAUG